AUGAGCCAAGAUGCCCCCUCUGCCCUGCGCUAUGUGCAGUAUGACAAGACUCGCGAAAACGAGUAUGUCGCUGCAAUGCGCCAACUGAUCUCCAAGGAUCUCUCCGAACCCUACAGCAUCUACGUUUACCGAUAUUUCCUAUACCAAUGGGGCCACCUCUGCUUUUUAGCGAUGGAUGACAAAAAUGAGAUGGUAGGAGUCGUCGUCUCAAAAUUAGAGCCGCAUCGCAGCGGUCCUCUGCGAGGGUACAUCGCCAUGCUGGCCGUGCGCGAGGAAUACCGGGGUAGGGGCAUUGCGACAAAGCUGGUGCGCAUGGCCAUUGAUGCCAUGAUUGAGCAGCAUGCGGAUGAAAUCGUCCUCGAGACCGAAAUGACAAAUACGGCGGCGAUGAAAUUAUACGAACGGCUUGGAUUCCUUCGCAGCAAGCGACUCCAUCGAUAUUAUUUAAAUGGAAACUCUGCAUAUCGGCUAGUCUUAUAUCUCAAAGAAGGUGUUGGCUCGAUUCGACCCGCCUAUGAGUCCUAUGUGCCGCCUCAAGUGACGACACAACCUCCGAUGACACAGCCACCCGCUGCUGUGACUGGCCUUGCAGGGAACGGAAUGCCUUGGUGA